UCCCCGAGCUUAAUAAUAAUAAUAAGUAAUUGUCACCUAACCUUAAAAAUAAAAAACCUAAACAAAUAAUAUAUAAAUAUGAUAAUAAUAUUUUUCCAUGUGCUUUUUGUUUUAAAUACUUACUUGCUAAAGAGAAGUGAGAGAAAAAAUAAAAUGAGCGUUAAUUGUGAUAAAUUAUUGGUCAGCACCAGAAGCAUCCAAGAAAAUCAAGAGGAGAAAAAUGAAACAAAGACAAAAUUUGAUAUCGAAAAUUCAUUUUACAGUGACAAUAAUUAUCAAAUUCGAUUCAAUCCACCACUUUAUAUACAGAGAUAUUGUGCGGUACAGAAAAUUUUGAGCGACGAAAAUUUGAAAGGAAAAUUACGCAAGGUCGUAGAAUUCGGAUGUUCCGAACUGAGUUUCUUCCUUUACCUGAAGAAUACUCCUCACCUGGAGGAACUCCUCUUCGUGGACAUCGACCGGGCGAUCUUGGAACAGAACAAGCGUAAGAUCGAGGCCCUGAGCGCAGACUUCCUGCACCUGAGAGAGCGUCCCCUGAAGGUCUUCGUCUACGAGGGGAGCGUGAGCUCCAAAGACCGUCGGCUGGAGCACGUGGACGCGGUGGUCGCUAUCGAAUUGAUCGAGCAUCUCUACCCCGAGACUCUUUCCCAGGUGCCCGAGGUCAUCUUCGGAUUCAUCAGGCCCCAGGUCGCCGUCCUGACGACCCCCAACGCGGAUUUCAAUGUCCUCUUCCCGAACUUCAGCGGUUCCCGUCACCCGGACCACAAAUUCGAGUGGACCAGGUCCCAGUUCCAGUCCUGGUGUUCCCAAAUAAUCCACAAGUAUCCCGACUACCUGGUGACUUACCAAGGAGUCGGUGAAGGUCCCAAAGGAUCUGAAAAUCUCGGCUGCUGUUCCCAGAUGGCGAUUUUCCAUCGCAAGUCCACUGGAGAUCUUCUUCAGGACCAGGGUCAGGAUCUUGAAGACACCUACCAGUUGGUAGCACAGGAAAUCUAUCCAAUGCACGUCGACAAUCGUUCGGACGAAGACAAAAUCCUGGACGAAGCUGCCUACUACAUCAGAAGCUUCCAUCUCAACAACGACGAGGAAGAAAUGCCUCUGGAGAAGCUUGCCAGCAUUAUGGAGACAAAAAUCGAGACUUUGAAGGAUGCGCUGGAGAAUGCUGGCUGGGAAGUGGUCCAACGUGACCUUGGAAGCUGGUACGUUGUCUGCAGACCUCUGAGUCUGGUUUCUGAGUAUGAUGCUGAUGAGAAUUUUGACUGGGACAUGGACAUCGAAGGUGAUGAUGCCGAGGAACAUGGUACUGGUGUCAGGAAUGAUUUAACUGAUGAUUCUGAUGGUUUAGAAUCAAGUCCAGGUUCUAGGAAUGGAUUAACUGGUGAUUUACCACCUGGACAACGAUUUGCUGAUGAUUGGAGACUGGGACCGAGUCGUAAAAGUAUUUGGAAGGAUGCUCCUGGUCUAAAGACACGAGUAACUGAUGAUUCAGCACCUGGACCAGCUGAUGAAAGUAAAUGGGAAGGUGGUCCAAGUCAAAAGAAAAGAUUUGCUGAUGACUGGAGACUAGGACCCAACUAUAAGAAUGAUUGGAGAACUGAUCUGGGUGCUGAGAUUGGAUUUGCUGAUGAUCUAGCACAUGGAACAACUGGUACUGGUGACUGGAAGCCUGGACCAGGUCCUAGAUGUGAUUGGCAACCGAUUCCAGGUCCAGUACCAGUCUCUAAGUCCCAACCUCAGGACUCAAGUAUCUGCAGCAUGUUUUACGAAGCACCGACACCAGAAAACACGCUCACGUGCCCAGAUAUCAGUAAUCCAGAGUUCCAGUUUGACAGUUCGAUCCAAGAGUCCAUGGACCAGGUGCCCAAGUCGCCAAUUCGUGCCAGCACGCCGCAAAAAGAUCAAGAUCACAAACUUAAUCUCGACUUCGAGACCCCUUCCAGCAGCUGGACACCGGAAAUUGUCGACUCUGGAUACCCGAACACGUCUUCCGUACCCGAUACUCCUGAAAGUGACCUGCCCAGCAUCGACGAAGAUCUUGAUGACCAGCCAGUGGAACAAAUCCCCAGAGUUCCUGGUUUCCAGGUUCAGUUCCAGGCCCAGGUUGAGAAUGGAGACCUGGCUAAUAAUAACCGUGAUAGGGAAGGGAAUAACGUUGCAGUGAGAGAGGACAUCAUCAUCAGAGAACGUGACCGUGAUAUUGAAAAUGAAAAUGAUAUUUAUUAAUUGCUUGCGUUUUUGAGGAUUCUAUCAAGAAUUUGUGGAGGAAUUUUCAUCAAUAGGGAGGUUAAAUUGUAGCCAAAGAUCUGGACUUUCUAAUGAGACCAAUUAGAAGUCUCAACUAUCAUUAGCUAGAGAGUUAUUAAUUUUCAAAGAUUGAGUUAUUUAAAUUAAAUAAGAGAAUCCUCAAAAAUAGUCAUUGUUUUUUGUGAAAACUGUUGACAAAUCAAAAUAUCUUAAGGUAAUAACAGUAUUAGUUAUUAAAUUUAUUAUCAAGACUGAAUAACAUAUCCUUGUAUCUAUUAUUUAACUAGAUGAAUAAAUGAAUAAUAAAAACGGUC